GGAGAUACAUCCGUUGGAAAGUCAUGCAUUGUUGUAAGGUUUGCAAAGAAUGAAUUUUAUGAGUAUCAAGAGUCAACUAUUGGUGCGGCUUUUAUGACCCAGUUAAUUGACAUUGGAGAGUGCACAAUUAAAUUUGAAAUAUGGGACACAGCAGGGCAAGAAAGGUACAGAAGUUUGGCACCAAUGUAUUAUAGAGGCGCAUCAGCAGCCGUUAUAGUUUAUGAUAUAACAAAUAAAAAGUCCUUUGAGGGGGCGAAAGGAUGGAUACAUGAACUAAAAUCAGUGCAUUCAAACGAUAUUAUCAUAGCCUUAGCCGGUAACAAAAACGACUUGGAAAGCAACAGAGUUGUAGAUAGAGAACUAGCUGAAUCUUUUGCAAACAGUAACAACAUAUUGUUCAUCGAAACCUCAGCAAAAACGGGGAAUAAUGUAAACGAGUUAUUUUUAAGAAUAGCCAAAAAGUUACCACUUCAUAAGAAAGAGCAAGACAAAUUCACAGGAAUUCAGAUCAACAACACAGAAGAAACAAAAAAAAAAUGCUGUUAG